AUGGCUAUACCUUGUGUGGUGGCUUGGUUCUCCUGGUUGGCCAGAAAUAAGGUCAAGUUUGAGGAGCAACUACUUCUUCCCUCUAAGGUGGCCUCCAACUGCCUUGCUUUUCUCAAGAAGAAUAUUCAGUGGAAGGCAUAUCCAGAUCUACUUAAGACUGGGUACAAGUCUAAUCAGCCUAAUUCUGUGCACACCCUUGUGUAUUGGAUGAAGCCAGUUAUUGGUUGGAUGAAAGCCAACACUGAUGGGAGUUUCUAUAAGUCUAAUGUUGGCAUUGGUGGCCUGUUCAGAAAUUUAAAAGGUUCAUACCUUCUUAAUUUCCUACCUCCCACUGCUAUUGAAGAUGUACUGGAAACUGAAGCUAUUGCUAUCUAUUGGGCUAUCCUCGUUUCCUCUAAAGCUCACAUUCAGUAUCUGCUAGUUGAGGCUGAUUCCCAA